AGGAGGAGCUGGCUUAGGUGGAGUCUUUGUCUUGCGGUUGGACUCACAGGGUACCCUACUGGUUGAACCCCUCCUCUGAGGACUGGGACUCCAGAGCAGACAUUUUUUGAGGGUUCCCAGGAAGAUCAGGAUGGAGGCAGGAGGUUGACAAGCAGUUUGGGGACCAGAAUCUGUUCCUGUAGUCUUAGGUGCAAAACCUAUCAAUGUCUCAUCAUUUCUAUCUGCUCUGGUGGUUUGGUUAACUAGUGUUGAAUCUGUCUGGAACAGCUGACUCCCUAGAGCCAGAUCUUGCUCUGUAGCUCCCUUAGGAGCAACUGUCAACAGAUCCAUGACCAAGGGAGCCCCAAGAUUCAAAGACUGUUCCAGUCUACCGUGGGUUUUUCCAGCUGUUUUUCUUGGCGAGAGGAUCACACCCUUAGGGAUGCAGAUAGGGAGCAGGAAACAAGAGAACAGUAAAGUCAGAUGAACUGGAGAGGAGGCAGAUGUUAAGGACAUGAAGAAAGUAGCCAGGAGCCGUCCAAACCUGAGGACACCCGGAGGGGCAUCUUUUUAAGCGCAGGUUGCACUGGGCAUGGGCUGGGCUGAAGCCUAGGACACAGCUGUUAACAUCUGGAUCCCGGAUCAUGUCUGCUAACAAGGGCUUGUGGGUGCCACCCGAGGGUGAGGACAACCUGUCUGAGAAGUUCCUAAGGAAGACCAGGGAGUCUCCACUGGUGCCUAUAGGUGUAGGAGGCUGCCUGGUGGUGGCAGCAUACAGGAUUUACCGGCUGAAGGCUCGAGGUCCCACCAGGUUGUCCAUCCAUCUGAUUCAUACCCGGGUGGCAGCUCAGGCAUGCGCUGUGGGUGCCAUCAUGCUCGGUGCCAUGUAUACAAUGUACAGAGAUUACAUCAAGAGGGCGUCAGAGGACCCUGAGAAGCAGGACUCCUGAGGCCGAGGGAUACUCCAUCCCCAGCCGUCUCAGUAUAUACCUAAUAAAGUGAUGCU